CUUUGUUUCGUUCUGUACUCUCUGCUGAAUUCUGCCACCACUGCAGCUGCUGCUCCCCUUCGUCCACCUCCAUUAGUGGUGACGGACGGAUGCCUGUCGUCCACAGGCAAAGGCCAUGUGCGCUCUUUAAUGCGCGCACCCAUUGUCAAAGCGCUCAUCAGGAUCCCUGCUUCCUUCGAGUACCAAAGAUUCCGAGCGAGAACCGCCGCCUUGCAAUCUGUGUCCGAGCUUUUUCUGUCCCGUUCUUUUCCCCGUCUCUCGUUUGAUUCAACUUCCAGAACCUAGGGAGAGGAUGAGGAAUAAAUUCGUUGCGCCGCUGUUUUCUUGGUGGGUUUAGCUCGAGUUGUUCGGGAAGCUGAGAUUUUGGAGUAAAGAUCGUUUCUUGGAGCCACCUUGGUGCGGAAUUCUGGACGUUUUGAUCCUUUUGGUCUUUCUCGACAUUGGUUCGAAACAGACGAGUUUGGCCUUAAAAGAUUGAUCUUGCGGUGAGGUAGAAGUCCUUUAUUGCGAUUGAAGGCUACAUUUGCUGCGUUUGGGGUACCAAUUUAAGCUGCUUUGGUUUUAUUGUUCAGAGUUCUGUAGGCUGAUGCGCUAUAAACAAAUUAGACGAGGCGAAGGAUGUUAUGCUUAAUUGAAGUUAAUUUGUGUUGGUGCAAAGAUUUCUUAUUUAUUCAAUCGAAAGAAGAAUUUAGCGUCUCUCCGUAAGGUUUUGCCGGGUUUGCAUCAGCCAUGGCAUGCCUCAACAAUUAGAGCAGCUGCUUGUCAUCUAGGCUUGUAUGACUUUGGCAUACAGAAAUGUAGCGAGGAACACAUGAUAUUUUUUGACAUCUAGCAAAGAAAUCCGUGAUGUUAUCUUAAACCAUAGGAAGUGAAGUCGUUCGGUUCGAUCAAAGAUGGCAUGCACUUUUAUCUUACCAACAAUCAUCUUGUCUUGUUUGUUCUUGGUGCCUCUCACCGAACAAAAGAAAUCGACCCAUACCCAGUUGUUGCUGCAGUUGAGGAAGCAGCUGGAGUACCCAAUUCAGCUUGGUGCUUGGAACAACACCAAUGAUCUGUGCUAUGCGCCGUCUUCACCUAGUCAAAGCAUUACUUGUGAUGGAAGCUCCGUCACAGAGCUCAAGAUCGUGGGAGAUAAGCUUGCAAAGCCUGGUAGAUAUGACGGUUACUCAGUCACCGGCAAGACUCUUUCGCCGGGCUUUUCUGUUGAUUCUUUUGUCACAACUCUGACUAGAUUGACGAGCUUGAAAGUGGUCAUCUUGGUUUCUUUGGGGAUAUGGGGUCCCCUGCCGGACAAGAUCCAUAGGCUGUACUCACUUGAAGUGCUCGAUUUAAGCUCAAACUUUUUCUAUGGUUCCAUCCCUCCCAAGAUAUCUGCCAUGAAGAAGCUUCACACGUUUUCCCUGGAUGGAAACUAUUUCAAUGACACCGUUCCUGAUUGGUUUGCGUCAUUGGACAACCUCAUGAUUUUGAGCUUGCGGAGAAAUGGCCUGAAGGGAUUGUUGCCCGGAUCAAUUAGCAGAGUCAGCACACUAACUGAACUUGCCUUGUCAGGCAAUAGCAUUUCAGGUAAAAUCCCUGACCUAAGUAGCCUAAACAACCUUGAGACAUUGGACCUGGGAGACAACAGGUUGGACUCUGAACUGCCUAUCAUGCCCAAAGGUCUCGUCACUAUCUUGCUCAGCAAGAAUUUGUUGUCUGGUGAGAUUCCACAGCAGUUUGGGGAGUUGGAUCGACUCCAACACCUUGACCUUUCAUUUAACUUACUUGAGGGGUCUCCGCUGGCAGCUUUAUUUUCUUUGCCAAACAUCAGCUAUUUGAAUCUGGCAUCUAACAUGCUCAGUGGGUCCCUUCCGAGCAGUUUAACUUGCAGCGGCGAACUUGGGUUUAUUGACAUAUCUAGUAACAAACUCACUGGUGAAUUACCUUCUUGUUUGAGCUCAAAUUCGGAUAGGAGAGUUGUAAAGUUCAACUUGAAUUGUUUAUCUCUGAACACCCAGCAUCAGCGUGGAGCGAAUAGUUGCCAACUAAAUAACAUGAACGGGAAAGAGUCCAAGCGGAAGAACACUUGGUUGAAAGUUUCUAUCAUUGGAGGAAUUGUCUUAGUUAUGCUAUUGCUUUUGUUAGUUCUUUUUGUUUCUUGCAAAAGAAACUGUCAUCGAGCAAUAGCAGAGAAACAACAGUUGCCAAAGUCGGUGCCAUCAGCCACAGGGUUCUCAUCCGAGCUUCUUACUAAUGCAAGAUAUGUUUCUCAAGCAAUGAAGCUAGGAACACAAGUAUUGCCUACAUAUCGGACUUUUUCCUUAGAAGAGUUGAAAGAAGCAACAAAUAAUUUUGAAGGUUCAGCAUUUAUAGGGGAGGGUUCAACUGGAAAGCUGUACAAGGGGAGACUAGAUAAUGGAACCUUUAUAGCUAUAAGAUGCUUGUCAUUGUUCAAGAGACAUUCUAUAAGAAAUCUGAAGUUUCGUCUGGAUUUGUUAUCAAAACUUCGCCACCCCCAUUUGGUCUGCCUCUUGGGGCAUUGCAUCGAUACCACACAAGAUGAUUCUAGCAUCAACAGAGUCUUCCUAAUUUAUGAAUAUGUAGCUAAUGGAAAUCUUCAAAGUCAUCUUUCUGAACGCAGUAUGGAGAGGGCUCUUAAGUGGCCAGAUAGGUUGGUGGUUUUGAUAGGCAUCGCUAAAGCAGUCCACUUUUUACAUUCGGGAAUUAUUCCUGGUUUAUACAAUAAUCAACUGAAAACCAAGAAUAUUUUGCUUGAUGAGCACUUUAUAGCGAAAGUGAGUGACUAUGGGUUGUCCAUUAUCAUGGAAGAAAUUUACAAACAUGAGGCAAGGGCGGAAGGUCAGAAACCUAUUCAGAGCAAAUCUCCUGAACUGGAGAUGGCAAAUUUGGAGGAUGAUGUUUAUUCAUUGGGCUUUAUCUUACUCGAGGCACUCAUGGGACCAUCAGUGUCUGAACAAGGUUCCGAACAUUGUUUAAAAGAAUUGGCUAUGUUAGUCACUAGGCAAACAGAGCAAACACGCAUUCUUGAUCCAGUCGUACUAGCUUCUGCAUCACAGGACUCCCUAUCGAUUGUGAUCUCCAUAACAAGUAAAUGCUUGUAUGAGGAAUCGUCUCGCCCUUCGGUCGAAGACGUGCUGUGGAACUUACAGUAUGCUGAGCAAGUACAAGCUACGGCAGACGGUGAUCGGAAGUCCGACAUCGUAUCACAAGCAUGAUCCUGAUUUGGAGUUUCCUAUAGCAUGGAUCACAGAGAUUAAAUUCAAUGUGGCCCUUUGCCGCUACUUCAGUGCAGAGAUUCAAGUGAACAAGGUUUCUAGGCUUGGAGAAAUGUUAUCCAAGAUGCUGUAACAACAGAGAGGUUCCGAAAAGAGCAGUCCCUGUUUUGCGUAUUCCAUUUUCAUAUUCUCCACGAUCCCAUUGCUACGAUUACUUUGUGCAUCUAAUCACUCCAUCUGUAAUUAAUUGUCUUCUAUCCAUUGACUUCAGAGCAGAGUUUUGUGUUCUUGCUGUUGGGAUAUCCAUAUUUACCAGAAUCUGUUCAUGCUUGAACUGCCAAGCAAAUGCAAUCACUUGCUGGUGAAAAUAUUUGUUUCAGUUCGCAAGCUCAAUUUGCCUCUCGCCUUUAUCACUGAUAGUCCAGUGCUGUCAGAUGUCAACUAUCAUGUAUUUACUUCAGACCAAUUACUGCACUUGUAGAAUGGAUUCCAUUUAUAUGACAUGCAGAGGAAUGCGUACUUCUUCCCUUCCAUGCUGCUAUUGCUCAGUUC